GUUACAGCCUACUCGACAGGUGCCGCAGAAACACACAGUAAGAUGGAUGGACCAAGUCAGCAGCUCCCAGCCCUGCCGCCAGCCGGAGAACGCAGCCUGUAUGACGUCCUGGCCGCGUUGCCGAGUUUCUGGGCGUUGCUGGGCAGGCAAUCAUCUCUUACCCUGCGUGCAGUUAGUCGAGAAGCGCGGAACCUUCACGACGCAGCCUGUCUUUCUCUUCACGUGAACGCUGUCCGGGCGAUACAGCUCUUCCAGUCGCAGCUCUCAGGGUGCAUAGCGGGCUUGGAAUCCCUUGCGGCGAUUUCCCGGCGUGGGUGCAAGCCUUUAAAGCUGACGCUGUCUUGCGGAAACGCCCUAUCCGAAGCCGUGUUAUGCGGCAUCCUGCGCGAGGUCGCCUGCACCGCCACCACCCUCGCCCUCCUCGGCAGCCCCCGCCUCAGCGACCGCAUCGCCUGCUCGCUGCCCUCGCUCGCACCCCAGCUGCAACACCUGCUGCUCGAACUCCCUGACGCCUCAGCAACCAAGGGCUCCGAGCGGGUACUCGCGGCCGUGGGCCCCCAACUGACCAGCCUGGAGCUCCGGAUGGGGCCGCGCGGUGCACCGCCGGUGGUAGCGCUGGAGGGGUGUACGGCGCUUCAGGAGCUGCGGCUGCAACUGGACAUGCAAACGUCUGCGUCGCUGGGGCCGCUGAGGAUGCGGGGGGAUGAAGUUCCCCCCGCCGUCGCCUCCAUCGCCUCUCUCAACCGCCUGCGCUGUCUAGAGCUGUACGGCAGCGCCUUAGAGCGGAUCCUGGAUCCGCCGUACAGGCUGGCGGGCCUCAGCGCCCUCACCGGCCUCACCCGGCUGCGAGCCGACCUGCAUGCCGGCUUCCUAACGACCCAUGGGUCACAAGAGGGCGCAGCUGCUGCUGCUGGUGGUGCUGGUGCUGCUGGAAGGAGCGACAAGGAUGAGGAGUCAGCUCAUGCGGCGUUUUGGCGGCAGCAGCAACACCAGCCCGGACUGCAGUCGUUGCUGCUGCCGCCCUCAGCAUCCUCGUCAGCAUCAUCAGCAGUAGAAUCAGCAGCAGCGGCAGCAGCAGCGGCAGCAUGCAUGCGUGGUGGACCCUGGAGUACGGCGGAACGCCGCUGGCAGUUGCUACCGUUGGCGUCUUCCGUACGCAAUCUCGUGGAGCUCAAUCUAGGGCGGUCGUACGAACUAACGGUGUACGACAUGGCUGCCGUACUCUCGAAAGCCGUGCAGCUCACAUGUCUCACAUGCCGUAGCAUUGUACUGCCGCCGGUACCGCCCGCCGUGUGGGGCACAGGCACAAGUGCAGCUGCUGUUGGCGCUGUUGGUGCUGCCGUAGCAGCGGGAAGCAGCAGGGGUGGCGGCGGCGGCGGUUGCGGGUCGUUGGCAGCUCCUGUCGUACUCUUUCCUCCGCACCUACGAGAGCUGCAGGUGCGCCACCUGCCGGCAGCUCCCAUCCUCGCCUCACUGGGGGCCCUUACCGGCUUCACCGUCCUCACAUGCCGGCAGCUGACAAAGGCCGCCGCCGCAGCUGCUGCGAUGGCAGCUCCAGCAGCUGCAACAGCAUCUGCGGCGGCCGCCAGCGGCGGCAACGGCAACACCGCAACACCGUUAGGAGAACCGGGACCGACAGCAGCAACGGAGACAGCGGCAGUAAACACGGCGUGUGCGCCAUUACAUGCGGGAGAAGCAUCGCAUUCCUCCGCUCCCCCCGCAAUCACCGAGGGAACUACAGCAGCAGCAACCCCCUUGGCAGCGGUACCCGCCGCAUGGGGCCGGCUCGCGCUCGUGGGCUCCUCAUGCGAAGCCGAAUCCCUCGACACUGACCCAUGGGUCACAGACGUCCUCCUGGCGGCAUGCCGCCUGCUUGCUCGUACCCUCCAGCCGUACAACCGUCAUCAACCGUCGGGGGCUGUUGCACUCGCACCUGCUUCCAAGUCACCUCCGCUGCUGCUGCCCGCCGGUCUGGUGAUCCGUCCGUUCGAACGAGGUCGCUGCAUGCUGGCAGGGACAGGGGCGGGAGGUUGGCUGGCCUCACUGGCGCCGCUGCGACCCAUGGGUCUGUCGGCGCUGCAGCUCCGCGGCUUUGCAUUCGGGCCAGGGGAGCUCCAGCUGCUGCAAGUAGCGCUGCCGGAGCUGCGGGAGGUGGAGCUGCGAGGAUGUACGGCGCCGGAUGAGGACGUGUUGGAGCUGCGGCGGUGGUUGCUGGGGC